AUGGGCUCCCCAGGCGCCGGGGUGGGCUGGGGUCUUCUGGAUUACAAAACGGAGAAGUAUGUGAUGACCCGGAACUGGCGGGUGGGCGCCCUGCAGAGACUGCUGCAGCUGGGGGUCGUGGUCUAUGUGGUGGGCUGGGCCCUCCUCGCCAAAAAAGGCUACCAGGAGCAGGACCCGGACCCCCAGGUCUCUGUCAUCACCAAGCUCAAGGGGGUCUCCGUGACCCAGAUUGAGGAGCUGGGGAACCGGCUGUGGGACGUGGCUGACUUCGUGAAGCCACCGCAGGGAGAGAACGUGUUCUUCUUGGUGACCAACUUCCUUGUGACACCAGAACAAGUCCAGGGCAGGUGCCCAGAGCACCCGUCCAUCCCGCUGGCUAACUGCUGGGCCGACCAGGACUGUCCCGAGGGGGAGACGGGGACGCACAGCCACGGCAUAAAGACGGGCCAGUGCGUAGUGUUCAAUGGGACCCACAGGACCUGCGAGAUCCGGGGCUGGUGUCCAGUGGAGAGCAGCGCCGUGCCCGUGAAGCCCCUGCUGCUCCAGGCUGAGAACUUCACCCUGUUCAUCAAAAACACCGUCACCUUCAGCAAGUUUAACUUCUCCAAGUCCAAUGCCCUGGACACCCAGGACCCCACCUACUUCAGGCUCUGCCGCUACGACCCCCGCUCCAGCCCCGCCUGCCCCGUGUUCCGCAUCGGGGACCUCGUGGCUGCAGCCGGAGGGGUCUUUGAGGAUCUGGCACUGCUGGGCGGGGCCGUGGGCGUCCACAUCCGCUGGGACUGUGACCUGGACAGUGGGGGUGCUGACUGCCGGCCCCAGUACUCCUUCCAGCUGCAGGAGCGGAGCUACAACUUCAGGACAGCCACUCAUUGGUGGGAGAGCUCGGGUGUGGAGGCCCGCAGCCUGCUCAAGCUCUACGGGAUCCGUUUCGACAUCCUGGUCACAGGGCAGGCAGGGAAGUUCGGGCUCAUCCCCACGCUUAUCUCCCUGGGCACAGGAGCAGCCUGGCUGGGCGUGAUCACCUUCCUGUGUGACCUGCUGCUGCUGUAUGUGGACGGAGAAGCGCACUUCUACUGGAGGAGCAAGUACGAGGAGGCAAAGGCUCCAAAGAGGACCGCCCACCCCGAGCAGACGGAGCUGGCACCCGCACCCCCGCGCCCGGCCUUCCAGGGGCCUUAG